AGAUGAUUCUUCCCAGUGAUGGCUUCAUAAGGUCCACCCUGUCCUCCUGAUGCCCACAGGAUUUGGCCUACUCUUGAGAGACCGACCGUUCAGUUGUCGCUCCAUCGCCAGAUGUCAGGAUGUACAUGCCGCCUCUUCUACAACUGAUUGAGCCACUCACGUUACUUCUGCACGUCCUCCAGCCCCGUAACUGUUCUCGUAAAGGUGAUCGUGUAAAAUACCAUAUUUGCGAGUGGUUUUCACCUAAGACAUCCUGUAGCAGCUCUUAAAGCUCUAUAGCUUUGACGGUUAAAUGACCACUUGGUAUGUCUGAGCUGUGAAUCUACAGUAUUUAAUAUAACAUUCUUUUAACAACUUGGGGUGCUUUUGUUUUUGCAGAGCACACAACAGUUUUUCACUGCAUUGCAGUGUUUGUUACUUUCCUAGCACACCUUGUAUACCUGGGUGCCUCUGUGCUCCCCCCAUUCUCCCCCCCCCAAGCCUGUUAAGUCUUUGUGCAGUAGUUACUCCAUGUCUGUUAUAAAUGGGCUAGUAAAAAUGAUUCAUGGGCAUAUAAUGGGGCAGUUAAGCUCUCAAGUGUUGGCUGUCUUUGACCUUUGAAAAGCAUCUAACAGUUACUUUUCCAGUUACCCCCAAGUUAUACAGUUCUGAGAAUGGCCUAUGAAUGCUGUCCAUGCGAAACUUGUAGAGAGAAAAUUCAUUGAGAACUACUAACUUAGCACGUGAGGAAAUGGAGGCACAAAUUUAACAUUGGUAAAUUUUAAUUACGCACUCAGGGCUGUGUAACUGAUUCGUCAGUGGCUGAGCCGGGACCGGAGUCGUUUUCCUGGUUUCCAUCCCCAUUCAUUUCGCUGUUCUCUCCCAUAGUUUUGCAAGAGAGCGUGGUCAGUCCCCCGUUUGCCUUUCCAGCAUCGUGUCCCAGUGACAGAGGCGGAGGGGGAAGAGCUGCUUGCGGAUGGCGGGAGAAGCCCAUCGGAAACACAGCCAGGCCAGCUCUCAGAAUAGUUGGAACAAAUGGUUUAAUUAAAUGAGGAUUAUGGCGGCCAGAUCACUUGCUCACUGUAGCCUGUGGGUUUUACACUGAACCUUGUGCUGGGUUAAGCACAACUUUGUUUUUAAGUGUAAAAAUUUUGUUUUGAUGAGGAAAGUUGAAGUUGGCGACCUGGGUUGAUUAGAUCACGAGCAUGCCGGCCGGCCUGGUGAUUUUGUAGAAUUCCUGCUGAAUGCCGUGGUGAUUUGAGCAGUCAGCUGAUGUUUAGGUUGGUGCCUUGUGUGUCUGCUGGGUGACCCACCCAUGGGGAAUUCACUUUCUGUAGCUCAGUGGCCCAGGCUAUGGUUUUAUUCGGGUAUAUUUAGAAUGAGUGGAUGGAGGCCUCGCCGGCUUCCCUGAGCCCGUUACACUGCAGAGCAGAAGUUGGCCAGGAAGUAAAUAGUUAGGCCUUGUUGGCCACAGGGUCUCUCCUGUACUCUCAGGAAGGCCCUGUGGGCCCUGUGUAGUCGUCCGAGCUGUGUUCCUGUAAGACUAUUACACAAACAGGCAGAGAGCCAGGCUUGGCCCACGGGCCCUGGUUUGCUGACCCCCCAUUUACAGUGCCAAGGUCAGUUAUAUAGAACAGGCUGAGCUCCCUAAUAAACAAGAAAUACUUCUACCCCACCUUCAUCUUUGUUUUUAAACUUUUGAGUAAUUUGAAAUCACAGUGAAAUGAACGUGUCUGUUCAAGCAGUCACAAUUUGACCUUGACAUACCAAAGUCAAACAAAUGUGUUUUGAUAAUUCCCUAAGUAACAUUCUUGUUAGGAAGCUAAUAUCCCCUUUUUUGGACAGAAGAAAAUCUUUUCUUUCACAAGCCUAUAAAUACUUGAGUUGGAAUUUAAACAAGACGAGGUAUUGAGAUGCAUUCCUUUUUAAUAAGGCAAACUAAAAUUAGAAUGUGUGAUUUGGGUAGCUAAUCGGAAGACUAGCAGUGAUCAAUCCAAGUUCUGUUUGUUUUCUGAGCUCUUGUCCUUUAUUUGGAGAGAUGUUCACCCGCCUCAUCACAAGCUAGUUGAUGCGAUGCCAGGUCAAGGAAUCACAUUUUUAAUGAAAUGAAAUACUACCCUGCUGUUAGCAAUGAGGCUUCUGCAAAACUAUGGAAAUGUCUGUGAACUAAUGAGAUGUGAGGAGUUACAGGUUGCCGUGGACCUUCUACCAAGUUAGUGUCAAUGGAAAGAGAUUUUGGCCCGUUUUUAUUGGUUUUAGGAAAUUUGUUUUAUAAGGUUGGUUAAAGAUAAAAAGAAUUUUCAGUAGGCAUUUUUAAAAUCUCUAGUGGACUACAAUAUGAAAUGCAGGUAAAAAUUUUAUACCUAACCCUUAAACUAAUAGUGCAUUCACAGCAUUUUAGCAGCGUUCGCCAGGAAGGACCCGGAUGGGAAUGGUGGAUCUUCCUGGCUUCCUGGAGCGCACUUAGGUGGUUCUGCAGUUUUCUUUUCAUUCGAUCCAGAGCCACCCUCGGGAAGGCGUGCUUUCUGAGGCGCCCCCCUGCACGGCAGAAUCUCUGCACUGCCUCCCUUCACGGUGCCCGGGAGGUGUCCCCUUCCUGCCCAGGUGUCCUCUGGCCUCCUCUCCUUACUGCUGUGUCACUGUCGUCCUCCCUGCGUCAGGCUCUUGUGCAGACCGGCUCCUGUACCCUUAGAGUAGCAUCUCGGGCCCAGGCUCCGAAUCUGUAACCCUUCUUUUCCGUGUGUGUGAAGGUUGAGCAUGUGACGCUAGAACACGGCCAGUUCGGGCAUGUGGCACUCACACAGCAAGGCACAUGCCAGCGUUGUCUUCAUUGUUGAAGACAUCUUACGUUUUGUCCUUGUGGCUGGUUCCUUCCCUUUCACUGUAACUUGCCCAGGUUUUCUGUUUCCUAGAACUCUUUGCUCACACGUGUUUGCCCCUCACUUCUGGCGCCUUCUCGUCAUUGCUGUCUCACCUCCACCACGGACUCAGCCUGCCCUCCAGCCCCGUCUUGCCAAGUGACCAUGCGGCCACCACACUGUGGCUUUUCCUUCGUCUCCGUUCGCCACCUGUCACUCAGUUUGUACCUUUUCCAUUUGCUGCCCCGGCGUCGAGUCCUCUCGUCAGCCCCCAGAUGUUUGUGCCGAGGUUCUCGGGCGCGCCCUCCGCAGUGCUCUCGCUCCGGGGCUGCCGGGGGUGUCAUUCCACCCACCCUCUCGUUGAGCUUGAUGUUGACGUCCUGAGAGGUCCACCCCGGGGGGCGUGUCCUAAACCACAUUUACCUUUGCUUCCCUGUGGCUAUUAGCACCUCUCCCAGCCGCAUAUUUUGGUGGCUUCUUUGGCCACCUUCCCUCCCUGUCCACUCUCCGUUAGCUGGGGUUGACCUGAAAAGCCUCUUGCGCCCAUCUCUCUGUGCGUACCCCUGCAGAGAGAUACCGGGAAAACUUCGUCCCAGUGGGUGAAGUCUUUUAUCUCUGGAUGAUGGGAUGUCUGUUGUUUGGAUUUUUUUAUAACAGGCAUUUGUUAUUGAUAGACUUCUACCCAACCUGGAAUCUUACUUCUCAACCUCCCUUGUCCUGACUUCUUCCAGGGGCCUCCUCUCUCCUCAGCUCACUCUUAAGUCUCUGCUGCACUCGGUGCCUGGUUCGCUUGCUCUCUGCAUCUCCCGCUGUCACCUUUGGGGCUUCCCUCGGUUAAGCCUUCGGUGGUAAAACCCCCCUCCCAGCUGACUGCUUUCCCCUCGCUGAGCGCCCUGGUCCCAGUGCCACUCGCGUCCUGCCCCUGGUCUCGCGUGGGGUUUUGUGUUAAUCCCUCUAUCAGACUGUAAGCUCCAUGAGGGCAGAGAUUGGGUCCUACUCAUCUUUCCCCAGUCUGGUUACAAUCUCCCAACUUUUCUUUGGGGGAUAACCUCUUUUCCGCCGGCUGUGGUUUUGGUGGGAUGGGCAAAGUGUCCUGCCAAGAGGAUGCUCUUUCCCUGGAGUUUGAACUUGAGCCGUGGGAUGCGAGGACUGACAGUGAUUGGUGCUGCUUCGUCCUGGCCAAGGCGCCCUGAAGAAGCCGCUCCUAGUGCCUGCCUCCCAGACCCUGGAGCUGCUCUGCCCCUGGACUCUCCGAGGCCGGCUUCUUCAGAUUCCCCUUCGUAUCUGUGAGCUAUCGCAUAUCUUUACAGUAAAUGUCGGUCUCUCUCUCUGUCUCUCCCUCUCUUUUUCUCUCUUUUUUAAAAAAAUUUAAGGUAGCCAAAGACAGUUUCUGUUGCUUUGACUCAGAUUUAGAUUUCCCCAGUAGAGCUGUUAGGAUUAGAACUGACCAGACUGAUCAUUCUAGUUCUUACAUGGAUUCUGAUGUGUUUUUUCCUUCUUUUUAAAAACAAAAACAAAACAAAACAGCCAGAGACCGCUGCUGCUUUGAAACGGACGAUAGAGGCCCUGAUGGACAGAGGGGCGGUCGUGAGGAACUUGGAGAACCUCGGUGAGCGCGAGCUUCCUUACAGGAUCUCUGCCCACAGUCAGCGGCACAGCAGAGGAGGGUAUUUCUUGGUGGAUUUUUAUGCACCAACAACAACUGUCGAAAGCAUGAUGGAGCACUUGUCUCGAGACAUUGAUGUAAUUAGACCUAAUAUUGUAAAGCACCCUCUGACGCAGGAAGUGAAGGAGUGUGAAGGGAUGGUCCCGGUCCCACUCGAAGAAAAGCUGUAUUCCUCCAAGAAGAGGAAAUGAGAAGCGUCUCCAGAACUGAGCCUUAUACUCAGUUCCCUCACUUUUGAGUAUCAUUGAUUAAUAAUUUAAGUCUUGACCUUUAUAUAAAAGUGUGAUUUGGGUGCCACUUGGUUUUCUGGGCAUUUUUAGCUCUUACCCCUCUGCUGUGAGGUGGCUUGCUAGGAGCCCUUGGGCAUCUGUGUGGUGCCAGCGCAUCCUACUUGAUUUUGUUAAAGUAAAUAUGUUUUUUUGGUCAGUGAGCUCUUUCUGCCCUACAACACUAACACCAUUUUGAACAACAAAACUUACAAAACUUUUGGAUUGUGUGCUAGUCAUUCACUCUGUAUAACCAUGCAAAAUAAAGUGCCAUUCAGACUAAAAC